AUCCACUAGCGCUCGCCGAGUGGCGUCACCAGCGGUACUGUAAUGACGAUUGCAGCAGGAGGAUGACAGCUUAGAAAGAAGAGGGCAAUGGGGCUUCCUCCCAGAGGCGGUGCGGCACAGAGGAGCGCUCGCAUCACAAGGUGACCCCAGCUCCCCACCGCCGCCACCGCCGUCACCGUCGACUACGCGCUCCCGCUGCUCUGCGCCCACCCAGUCGCCUGGCUUCUCUUUCUCCCUCCCGCAGCCCAAAUCUGUCGGACCUCUGGGGACCCAGGGAGUCCGGAUCUGGGAGCUCACUUGGGGCUUUCCCCCUCCUCCCUCCGGAGAGCCCCGGGAUGGAGAGCCGAAAGGACAUGGUUAUGUUUCUGGAUGGAGGACAGCUUGGCACUCUGGUUGGAAAGAGGGUCUCCAAUUUGUCCGAAGCCGUGGGCAGCCCGCUGCCAGAACCGCCCGAGAAGAUGGUGCCCCGUGGCUGCCUGAGCCCACGGACUGGUCCUCCCGCCACCCGGGAGCGCGGCGGGGGAGGCCUGGAGGAGGAGCCGGUUGACGGACUAGCAGGCAGCGCUGCGGGGCCGGGCACCGAGCCGCGGGCAGCCGGAGCUGCCGUGCUCGGCCCCGGGCCUCCAGCCCCCUCCGUCGACAGCCUCUCGGGCCAGGGGCAACCCAGCAGCUCAGACACAGAGUCGGAUUUCUAUGAAGAAAUCGAGGGCCGGGCUCCGAGCCACUGGCCAGCAGUCCCAACAGCGGCAGCGAGGCCCCCAAGAGCAACGGCGGUGGCAGCUCGCAGGGCACCCUGGCCUGCAGCGCCAGUGACCAGAUGCGCCGUUAUCGCACCGCCUUCACCCGGGAGCAGAUUGCACGGCUGGAGAAAGAAUUCUACAGGGAGAACUACGUAUCCAGGCCGCGGAGAUGCGAGCUGGCCGCCGCCCUAAACCUGCCGGAAACCACCAUCAAGGUGUGGUUCCAGAACCGGCGCAUGAAGGACAAACGGCAGCGGCUGGCUAUGACGUGGCCGCACCCGGCCGACCCUGCCUUCUACACGUACAUGAUGAGCCACGCGGCGGCCGCGGGCGGCCUGCCCUAUCCCUUCCCGUCGCACCUGCCGCUGCCCUACUACUCGCCCGUGGGCCUGGGCGCCGCGUCCGCCGCCUCUGCCGCCGCCUCGCCCUUCAGCGGUCCGCUGCGCCCGCUGGACACCUUCCGCGUGCUGUCGCAGCCCUACCCGCGGCCAGAACUGCUGUGCGCCUUCCGCCACCCGCCGCUCUACCCGGGCCCUGCGCACGGACUGGGCGCCUCGGCCGGCGGCCCCUGCGCCUGCCUCGCCUGCCACAGUGGCCCUGCCAAUGGGCUGGCGCCCCGCGCCGCCGCCGCCGCCUCGGACUUCACCUGUGCCUCCACCUCCCGCUCGGACUCCUUCCUCACCUUCGCGCCCUCCGUGCUCAGCAAGGCCUCCUCUGUCGCGCUGGACCAGAGGGAGGAGGUGCCCCUCACAAGAUAAGGGGCCGCCCGCGGGCUGCCAGCUCCAGGACGCCUGUGGGGGCCCCCCACCAGGGGACUCAGCCAGCGCCCCUCCCCGCCCCCAGGGCACCGAGGGGAAAGUUAGAAGGCUGCAAAGGACCAGCGGGACUGGGCCUCGACGAUGGGGCCGCCCAGGAAGCAUGGCUGGCACAUUUGGGCAGCAAGAGUGGAGAUG